UGAACGUUGUCUAACCGAAGUGGGGGAGAAAAAAAAACAAUAAACUGAAUAAAGGAAAGACUUUCUUUGUGAUAAGCAGAAAGCAGACGACAUGUAGUGUGUUGUGCACAAAUAAUCCUUGCAACAUUGGUGGACAAACACGUGACUUAGAAGGCAGUACGGGAUGGCUAAAGAAGGUAGAAGCAUUAUUGGCAUGAUAUUCAAGAAUUUCAUCCAGUCCCUAAAGCCACGACAGAUAAGAGGAACUCCAGUAGGAACAGAUUACUUAGGAAAUAAAUAUUUCGAGAUACCGGCCAAUCCAAGUGUUGGCAAGAGAAAAGCUUCACGCUGGUUUGAACCAGCUGUGAAAGAUAACUUUGAGCAAGAAAUUCCAGCAGAAUGGGAAGCAUGGCUCAGAGGACGAAGAACAGCACCACCAAUGGAAGAGGAAAUUAUGCGCAGUGUUGCCAUUAUGGAAAUGAAAAAGAAAAAUGCUGCAGAACUUGCAAGAAAAGAAGGAAAGAAAGAUCCUGGCGUUUUAGAUAAAGAGGUUAAAGGAAUGGAAUCAUUUCCAAAGUAUGAUGAAUAUGAAGUAAUGCCAGGUAAAAGUAAGGAAGCAGAUAAAUAACACACGUUGAGGCAAUUUGUUGUUUAUACAGACUGUGCCAGCCAAAAAAGUUGUUUGUGUUGGACUAUAGUUUUUUUUUUUUAAUAUGUUAUUCAUAACAUGUAGGCACAAGUUAGCGUAUAAUGACUCUCACUGAUUUCUCGUAAGAGCUUUGUUUAUGCAUGUAAAACAAUAAAGUGCAGUGAAUUA